AUGAGUUCUCCCACCACAGCCGUUAUGUGCAGUACGGCACCUUACGCCAGGCUCCCUCUCGAGAUUGAAUUAUAUGUCGUCCAGGCGCUGAUAGAGACUCAUAAGAGAUCGGAGAAGCCAGGGUUUUGCUUAUCGACCUUUGCUAGCGUUUCCAAACCUUGGCAACCUCUCAUAGAGAGGGAAACAUUCAACCGUAUAAAGAUAGCGUCACACGAGCUAGACCUAUUCAAAGACCGUGUCCGAUCCUACCGAACACGACUUGUCAAACAUAUUCUUCUCGAAAUCCCAUAUAACGUCUCCUCGAGUGGCGAUGAUGACCAGGUUCAGUUUUCGAAAGCAGUCCACGCUCUUUGGCGUAUCCUCUCAACAUGGAAGACACACCGUGUAACAGUGGAGCUGGGCAUCUUCUCUACUGAAGCAAAGCAACUCAUGGAAAAGUGUGAUCGAAACGGCGCCCACGACUACCCUUUUAACUUUUGGAAGACCCUCAACCCACACUUCUUCCUUACCAUUGACGUUUGGAGACAUAAAGGUCAGCAAUUCUUGGGCAGCGAGCCUCUUGGAUUCGACCGAGCUUCCUUAUCGCAACAAAGUGCUACGAGUUUGCCUCAGGUUGACGCCAUCACUGAGCUAGUGAUCCGUAGAGAAUAUCACCCAAAUAUCGCUCCGAUGACUCUCCAUGAGAUCAUCUCGUCGGCUCCCUGUAUUGAAUCUAUUCAUCUUGAGAGAUGGCUAUAUGCCAUUUGGGAACAAGACAGAGAUUGGGAUAGCGCCUUCCAGCAGUCAGGGCUUUUAGUGCCGGAAUCGACGAAACGGUUGGCCUAUUUUGAAGAAUACCUUCCUCCAUAUUAUCACUGGGCUGGGGGAAUGGUAAUACCACGAUUAAACAGAACAGUUCUGGAAUCCGUCUUCCACGCCGCAGAUCGCCUUGAGCAUAUUGCUGUCUCUUUUGCUUUCGAUGCACAAAUAUUUUUCGAUGAGCUCAUACAACCGAAGUUUAAAGUACUGAAGACUCUCGCACUUACAUCUUCUUUCAGCGAUACUCUCAACGAUACAUCUGAGAGUCUCUUACUUAAUGCUGCAGAGGGAGUAAAGAAGAUACCUGCUCUCGGAAUUCUGGAGAUAUGGAAUCUCAAUAAAUAUCGUCAAGCCGAUGUUUUCCGGUACGAGAGACUGGAUCGACGCAAUGGCCAACUCACUUGGCAGAGCACCCAGGACCGCCGGAUCUCGUCACGCGUACAAAAGGGCUGGAAAGAUCUGUUGGGUAGAUUUCCGAGUGUUUUGGAUGUAAAAUGCAGCAAAUUUCCGAUGGAGAUGGAAAGUCUUCAGGAUAUUCUACCAUAUUUGAAGUUGAGAGAGCAAAUUCUUCGUGACUUCACCGAGAGGUAG